GAGAGAGGGAGAGGGGAGAGGAGAGAGUUGAAACGAGAGAGGGAGAGGGAGAGGGGAGAGGAGAGAGUUGAAACGAGAGAGGGAGAGGGAGAGGGUUGAAACUCGGAAGAGAACACUUGAAAAAAAGAAAGUUGGGUAUCCAGAAGAGAAGGUAGGAUGUGGAAAUCCUGCGGAAAUUGAUGGGCAUCUCUCUGUUGGUUGGAGCAAAGGCGACUGUCUUGCUGGUCGCCUUCCUUGGUCUGAGGAGCAUCAUUCCAACUACAUUCUCAAUGCCUUUCCUGCACGCCUCCUUGGCCUCAUUCCUUAUUUCCAUCGCCUCCCAUCCGUAUUUGAACCUUCCAUUGCUUCUGGGGAAGAACCCAGACGGCAGCUUCCCUUUAUGGUCGUUUAUCCUCUUCGGCCCCUACCUGAUCUUGAUUCGGAUAUACGUCUUCAUCAGGAGGUUGAAGAGGAGGGAACCGCUCUAUAAUGAAAUAAUCGAUGGUAUCUAUGUUGGGGGAUGGCCUUCUCCCCUUGAUUCUGCGCCUCCGGGAGAUCCGGCCAUUGUGGAUUGCACUUGCGAGCUUCCUAGAAGCAGUUUGUUCUCUAAGAAUGAGUAUAUAUGCAUACCGACUUGGGACACGAGGGCGCCGCAGCCGUCCGAGAUCGAGCUGGCCGUUCGAUGGGCGUGUAGGAAGAGGGCUCAAAGUAAGCCCGUCUAUAUCCACUGCGCAUUCGGUCAUGGAAGAAGUGUGUGUGUUCUUUCCGCUCUCUUAGUUGCCUUGGGUGUAUCUGAUCAUUGGAAGGAAGCAGAGAAGAUUGUGAAAAAGCAGAGGCCUUCAAUAAGGAUGAAUGCUCUUCAUCGCAAGAGUUUGGAGGAAUGGUCGAAGUGUCGCAAUUCUUCUGAAAGGAAGGAUGACAAGUCAAUUAGCUCCAUGAUCACUCCAGAGGCAUCCAGAAAUUGACUUCUCAUGGAUCCAGACCUGAUUACAAUUUCUUUCGCAACUUGACUCUCUCAUCAGCUAUAUAUUUCAAUUUUUACUGUUCUUUGCUAGGCCUUGCUGCUUAGAAACUACAUCCUGAUUUUGUAACUUAAUUGAUUCUUUCUUCUUGUUAGUUGUGCUGACCUGGAAAGAACUUGGUUCAAUUUUUCAGCAUGGCAAAAGCCUGCAAGUUGUAAGACUCGGUUUACAGAUACAAAAUAUAUUACACUGGUAUAUCACAGUUUAGAAGUAA